AUGCUUCUCCCCCAACUUGCGCCGCCCACCGUUGCUGCUCAUCCGGCGCCGCCCGCAGCCGCUGCUCUCUACGAGAACGGAGCCGCUACUCCCUCCGCCGCAGCUCCCUCUGCCGUUGUUCCCUCCGUCGUCGCCGCCCGCAACCGCUGCUCCCUCCGCCGCCGCCGCCCGCAGUCGUCUGCCGCCGCCGCCCGCAGUUGUCUGCCGCCGCUGCACCAAUCUGUAUUUCGACGACGAUUUGUAUUGCCGGAGAAUAUGAUCCGUAUUCCGGCCGCAAUCGACGAACGGAAUCCGUAUUCUGCAGCACGAGUUUCUGGCUUGGUUGUUGGUUCGUGGUCUGAACAUUCAGGUUCAGUCGAGUUUGCUGCUUUUGAACCAAGCAUUUGGCAGAGGCAAUCUAGGAAAGCAGAGGAAAGCAGAAUGAAGCAUAAUUGA